GCCGUAUCUUAGGGGUGGUUGCUGUGACGUUCGGUCAUGUUAGCGAGGAACGGAAAGCGAUCGCAAAAAUCAGUGGAGAAACAGACAACAAGGACUGAGCUGAAACUCUUACCACUCUGUUGACAAGAAGAAGAGCCAAUAGCUGACGCAUUUUCCACAAGGCUAUCAGAUCACAGCCAUUUAUUCAGCCACAGUCACAGUCAUUAAGUUUCACUGCUGUGGUAAGUGCUAGUGGACUGCUAUAUCAUAUUGGGACACUGUAAAUGUUGACCUGAAUCCUCCAGGGCAGAUUCUCUUUGACUUUUUUUGUCAUCACAUGAUUUUACUUGGCAAAUUCCCCAAUGCCUCGAUGGAAAGUGUUCUUGAGCCAGUACCUGCGAUGGUCCAGCACAGUCACUCAAGCCCUCGCCCUGUCCAUCAUCACAUUUUGUGUCAUAUUUCCUCUGUGCUGCCAUCGUCUGCUGUACUCUUACUACUUCAUUAAAUCCAUGUACCUCGAUUCUAUGAGUGAAGUGGUGCUGCGGGAAAGCCUAGAUCGAGGUCAGGAGGCUCUGCGCUUCUGGCAGAGCUCUUCAACUACAGCAUCGUCCAGAUUCAACAACUUCACUGAACAUCCUGAACUGCUGGUCACUGUGGUAACAGCCAGGCGGAAGGAGGCACGGGACUACCACUACCUGCUCCAGGUAAUGCUGCAGCUGAGUAACAUUGUGGGAAGCUGUGGGGAGCAGAAGUGCGCGGAGGUGCUGGUCUGUGAUGUGGAGAGUGGCCCGCAGGAAAACCAGGAUGCCAAGCUGCUGGAGAGCCACUUCAGGGUGGUCCGGCGUUCACCUCAGGAGCAGCAGAGCAUACAGGAGCGAAUUAAUACCUUUGAAAAGGAGAAGAGGGAUUAUGUCUUUUGUCUCCGCAGAGGCUGGGAGCUGGUGAAGCCUAAAAAUAUUGUUGUUCUAGAAGAUGAUGCUUUGCCAAGAAAUGACUUUUUCAUUGUUAUAAAGGAUUUGUUGUCACGUAGGUUUGCUCUUCAUACUCUUUACAUCAAGCUAUAUCAUCCUGAAAGGCUACAACGCUACUGGAACCCUGAGCCAUACCGCAUUCUGGAGUGGGUGGGGCUCGGAUUGGUUGGCGCAACGGCUCUCCUCCUCAGCUUUCCUUACUGGAAACCUUGUUCUUUCUCGUUCACCCUGUCAGCUACCCAUCUCCUCUUUUUCACUCUAUACUUUAUGACCGCUGCAGAGUUGUUGGGGCGGCAUUACCUUCUAGAAGUCCGGAGAAUUUCCCCACAGCUGUAUGCCGUCUCGCCAGCUACUGAGUGCUGCACCCCAGCCAUGUUGUUCCCUGGCAAUGCCUCAUUAAGGGUGGCUGAGUAUCUAGACAGUUCAUUCUGCUACAAAGGGCAUGCUAAAGACAUUGUUCUGUAUCAAAUGGCCAGGACAGUCCAUGGGCAGAGGUCCCAUAGUGUAGAACCCAACCUCAUCACUCACAUUGGGGCUUAUUCCUCAGUCAGAGCUAACCCAUCCAGGCCCAAGCUCCUCUAACAGAAGUAGAAGAAGAACUUCUGACUGCAAGGUUCACUUUAAUCUGGUUUCUCCUUACUGGGUUUUGCUUUUUUACCAUCUUCUAGACUCUUUAGAAAUCUUAACAAAUUACUCAGUGAAUGUUGGUUUGGUGAUUUGCAUUGAAAACUAUCAAGGGAUUAGAUCAAUAUAUUAGUAGAUGUCUACGUUCCAGCUUGUAGACGCACAUGUGUUUUUAGUUCUCCAUCUCUUUGAUAUACAUUCAUUUUAAUCCACCCUGCAAAAAUUGUGUAAAAGGUGGUGAUGGUUUUUCUUCAGAAGAGGUUAAAAACCACACAAACUAAUGCAGGAAAAUAGCAUGUCCUAAAUUAUUUUAUAUAGAAAUGAUAGAUGGCAGAAAAUGUUACUUUUGACCCAUACCUUGAAAGCCUCUGCCACUUCUUUAUUGCCAAAUCAUCUAACCCACUCUCACUGAGCUGUGUGUGACCCUUCUGGGGAAAAGAAAAUGUAAACGGUUCUCUUCUUUGUUUACCUUUUUAAAAAAGAAGCCAGAUGCUGCCAGAAUGCCUCAUUGUUUUUCCUUUGUCUGUCCUUUGACUGUUAAAGGAUUUAUUCGGUUUUUAUAUACCAUAAUCACAGUAAAAUAAAAUUUGAAAAUGUAACUCCUUAGAGUAAGGAGAGAACAAUUCACCAGACUAUGCCUGAAGUUUCUAAAAUUAAGUUACGGUGGAACUGGUGUGUGAGAGUGAUAGCUGAUUUAGUCGCCUGUCGUGUUUACAUAUUUACAUUAACCUUUUGCAAAUAUGAAAGUGGGUAGAGCCAUUGGCUGUUGUACUCUUAGAUUGAAAUAGGUUUUCAUAUUGUAUGAAAGCUUAACAUAUCCACGUAUUUUGCCACCUGGGAUUUUCCUCCAAAAUGGUACGGGCAUUCAGAAGUCAACUCUAAUUGCUGUUUGCUGCCGAUUUUCUUUUCAGUUGUCUCACACUCGCUUUCUUUCUCUAGUUAUGCUUGUGUGUGUAUUUGCAUGUGGUGAUGAAACGUGAGCCCUGGCUCAUAAAAGACUAAUGUCUGAGGACACCAUUCCUAGUUUGGGUGUGGAUUUCUUUGUUUUAAUUUAACAGGUUUAGUGAUGUAACAGAAUGUACACUCGUGGCUGUUCACUCACAAUGAACAGUCUAAAAUUUUGGUUUCAGCUCAGGCCUGCUCUUUUCUUAGUUACUGCUAUUAACCUUUUGCAUGUGACUCCUGUAAAGCUUACACUGAUAAGAGCACAUUUAUCAUUGAAGUGCACGGUACUUGUUGACACACUGCCCAUGAGUUCAUUCAGUAGACAGAAACGCCUUCUGUUUUGUAAUCCAAUGCCGAGCUGGUUGAGCAAACACUCCUUCCUGCUGAUUCUGAAAUAAAAAACCGCCUGCUCUUCCUAAAAACACUGAACUAACCACUGCUGUUAUCGCAGAUGAUGGGAUUUGCGAUGUCUCCUUACGUUCUGAAAACACUGGGAUGCUCCAGUUUACUGAAGUGAUUUAAUCAAGUGUCAGACUGUUUAUCUAACAUAAGCAUCUCAGUACUCAUUUUGUCUCAAUCUGAAUCUACCUUUACUGAUGUCAAAUUUCCCUCUAAAUUAAUUUUUAAAUAAUGAUAUGAAUUUAAAACCAAUAGCAAAUGAAUUCUGUAAUCUGCUACUGGUGGCUCUGGAAGUAUAAGAAGUUAAACUCCUGAAGCUCAAAGUGGCUUUUGUUAUCAGCUCUAAAGCUCCAAAUGAGAACAGAAGAAACACAGAUAAUGACUCUAAGGAUAAACUUUAAAAAGUUAUUUGGUGAAAAGAAUUAGAAACACUUUUUUCUGGUUUCUGUCGUGUUAAAAAAACACCAAUGUCUGAAAACAGAAAGAAACAGCCAGCAGAGCUUCAUAUGAAGGUGGCAAAGUCCAGCAGCUCACAAAGUUUACUCAUUAACAGGCCAUAUCUCAUUUUUUAGUUCCCAACAUAAAGAAGGGUAAACGUGGUAUGUUGUAACUUUAUAGUUCGUUAUAUCUGUUUCUCAGCUACGAGCACUGGUGCUUUGGUGUUUGUACAGAAACCCUUUCUGCCUAUGAAUGCUGCUAUGCUUUCUGUUUUACACUAAAUUCUGUUUUACUGACUGGCUGCAAGCUGGUUAGAGAGUAUCAAAGUGAAUCUUGGCCAGAAACGGGAAAAUGAGAAAUUCUCCAAAUGUACACAUCACAAAUUUGCCUUAUUUUAAUCUUCAUUUUUUGUUAGAUUUUUCUUUCUAAAUUUGAGUGAAUGUUAGCAAUUCAUUAAGGACUGAAAUAUUAGAAAGCACAAAAUGUCUUAUUUAUAUUAUUUUGUGUUGACAGGACAUAAUUUAUUUGGUAAAGGGCUAAGUGACAAACCAGAUUUAUCUACAAGCAUUAUAUUUUAUUUGUGGCUGGUUUGAGUAAAUGCCAUUAUCUAUGAUUACUGGUCUGAUUUUUUUCUUUACCUAUAAAGAACACUUUAAAAAUUAAUACACACCACACACAUUUAGAACAUAAAUUAAAAUAUGAUAGAAUAUCAGUUUUAAAUGAAAAAAUAAUUAAAAUCAAAUCAUUGAUUUGGAAAAAUUAUCAUUCAUAUUUUGUUUAAAAGAAGAUAGAUGUUCACUUUAGCUGUGGCUGUACAAGAGAAGUUAUCAGAACUGACUGCUUUGGUUUUUAUUUGGGUUUUUCUUUCUCAUAUAUAGAUUGGAUGUAUUUCAUUUCUAAAUCAUCAGUAUUGAUGUGACUGUUCACUGUCAUAAAUAUUUGAGUUAAAAUUGUGUGAGGUUUAAAUGAUUUUCUCUUUAAUGCUUCUCUUUCCUAAAUUGUUCAUCAAAUUACAAACUGUAUGGAUAUUGGUCAGAAUUAUUGAAUGACCUGAACUGAGUGAUACAUUUAACUACUUCUGCUGUUUGUUUUUUGUUUUCAAGCACUGAUAUUUUUACUCUAGUAAGCUGAAAAAUUGUAUUUAAAUUUUCACUUCUGAUUUGGGUUUUCACAUGUCUUGUUUUCACUGUGAUUCUUUUACUGAUUUUACAAUUAAUACAAUAAAUCUAGAGUUUCGAGUUACUUGUCUCUCGGGGAGUUUGUAUACAAGCACCAUCUUUGUUACUGUUCAGGAUAAACCCAAUAAGGUGCUGGAUGGGAUUUUAAAGAUGGGGAGUUCUGGACUUCAUUGCACACAGUGAGACAAACGUUGAAGCUGAACCAUCCAAGCAGUUGCCAUGAGCCAGGUGCUUAGCUGAGCUUUGGUGUCCCCGAGAUUAACAAUGUCCUUCAGAGAGCUCUCAUAAUUCUUCCCAAAACAUCGGAUCCUUUGUUCUUGGGUUGGAAUCUCUGACCUUUGGAUGCUGAAGGUGUUUUUUGUCAGAUUCAUCAAUUGGAUCGAUGAAGUCAUCAUGAUUACAUCGUCCAUGAACUCUCGGCGGGUGCUGUCAUCUGAUUUAGGACCUCUGCACUGCGUCCCUCUGCCUCUAGCAGUGGAUUCAUUGUGGCGAUGAACAAAAACAGUAUCCAUGCCAUUUAGUGGGGUUCUUUCCUUAUCACUCGCCUUCAGCCACCUUUUCUUGAGCGUUCAUAGUUUUUCCUGUACUUCCCUUUAU